ACUGAAACGUCACCAGCUAUAACUUUAGUUUCAAAAUUUCUGAAAAACGACAUAUACACAACUAAAAACCAUCACUGGAGCAUGUUAAAGAGCUUAUUUUAACUUUUCAGGCACUACGUUUACAGUAUGUUUAAGAACUGGGGGACGUGGCUCGGAAUAGAAAACGAAAAUGCCGAAGUUAAACAAGAAACCGAGUCUGUUGUUGAUGCUGAAGAAGACACGAACUGUGGAGUAAAUAAACCUGCGGAUGAAAGGGAGCAGACCAGUGCUGCCGAGAAAGAUGAUCAACUUCUCCAGAAAGCUAAGGGUCUCGGUGGUUACAUAUAUAAUUUCGCCAGCAGUGCCUCAAAGAAACUGUCUGAAUCCGUUGUUGAAACAGCACAAACCUUGAAGAAAAGUGUGGAGGAGGGAAAGAUUAAUGGAAUCAUUGAUAAGACCAUUUUAGGUGAUUUCCAGAAAGAACAAGAAAGAUUUGUUCAGGAGCAAAAGGCCAAAAAGUCUGGUGCUGCUGUGCCACCGUGGGUAGGUUAUAAUGAAGAGGAAACCACACAGCAACAGAUUUUAGCUCUCUCAGCUGACAAAAGAAAUUUUCUGCGAGACCCUCCUGCUGGGGUGCAAUUUCACUUUGACUUUGAGCAAAUGUAUCCAGUCGCCAUGGUGAUGCUGGAGGAAGAUGAGCUCCUCAGGAAGAUGCGCUUCCAUCUGGUCCCCAAACAGGUGAAGGAGGAAGCCUUCUGGAAGAAUUACUUCUACCGUGUGUCCUUGAUCAAGCAGUCAGCUCAGCUCACAGCUCUUGCAGCUCAACAGGCUGCCGAGCGGAGAGACAUGGAGAAAACUAGCCCCAGUCAUGAGGAGCUUCAUCAUAUAGCAGAUGUAGUUAAACGGAAAUCUCCCCCAGCCAUCCACAGAACUAAACCAAAGUCAAGUGAGGAUGAAGAAGAGAUUUCCACCAGUCCACCCGUGUCUGAAUUUGUAAGCGAUGCCUUUGACUCAUGCAAGAUAAACGAGGCCGACCUGCGCAAAGAAAUGGAACAGCUGGUCCUGGACAAGAGGGAACAUCCAACCCCACAGGAGGAGGAGACUGCAGACUGGGAGCGAGAGCUGCAGGAGGAGCUUCAGGAGUACGACGUGUUGGCUGAUAAUGACAACCGAGAUGACAACUGGGACAGAGAGAUUGAAGAGAUGCUGAAGGAGGACAGUUAGAGCAACUACAAAGACACCUACAACUUAAACUGUUUGAAGGACACCUUUCAGAUCAGAAACUAUGUAAUGAUUUACUACAGCAUUGGUCCUCACUGAAUUUCGGCUGAAUUUCAAUAACAUUUCGGUGUCCAAUUAACAUGGCCUGAGUAGUUUUACAGGUAAAUAGCGGAGAAAAAAAUGUCCUGGAUCUCAGGUUUAUAAUGUGAUACUGUGAGAAGCUUUCACAAAAGACUGAAAAUUUGCCCAGGCAUGUAAAAGAUAACUGUAAAUACUAGAAGUACUGUAAGGCUAAAGAGUCAAACUGACUCUGCAAUAUUUGUUACACACCAAUAUCUAUGUAAAGUUUGCUACCAUGAGCCACCAUAAGGAAAGGAUAAAGGAAAAUUUGAGCGUGAAACAUUUAAUUUCCUGCGUUCUCAAGAAAUUUUAUGCACCAACUUGUACCUUUUCUGCUCCAAUUUAUGGUGAAAACUUUUCUAUUUAUGUAAAGAAAAAGUGUAUUCAGUAGAUGACUGAACAUAUGUUUUUAUGAUCCAAUGCAUCGUCUUCUCUGUGCCGCUCCAAACAAGCAUUCUUCCUCCUAUUUACCCAACAUUUUGUGUUCAUACUUAUAAAAACUGCAGUUUAUGUUGUCACAUUUUAUUAAACAUUAACUUUAUUAUUA